AUGGGAUUCGGGAGUAGGAAACAUCGCUCUGACAGGAGAAAAGAUAAAGACGGAGAAUAUAGUGUAUACGCCAGCGAGUGUAUGCUUCUACCUGGCUACAUAGAGCAAUCAAUCACGAUCGACAAGAGUACCAAUGAAAAGGGUAUUAAAUUUUGGAAGCGCUCGAUCAGAUUCGAAGUAGACCCAGCGUUAGCCCAGAUAGACAGUGAACAUGAGCAUAUUUACGGUGGCUACUCACAAUCACAUCGACUGGGCAUAAUAGUACCAAAAAAGGCGAGGCGUUUCAGGAGCACAGUUCGCGAGAUACACGACAAAAUGAAGGGAAAAAUAAAAAAAGGACAUCGCUUCGGCACGCUUGAGUAUAUAAGUGAUAUCCUCGAAAAAGCACUCAGGGAGGGAAGCUUGCAAGUUAAUAGACGCAAAAUGAAACUUCUCGAGAAGGAGGCUGGCCGCAAAACCUGGCAGGCUCCAUUCAUAAGACCUAAAGCCGGAACUGAGAGAAAGAUAACAAAGCGUGAAGAGAGAGACAAAAGACGAGAAUAUAGAAGAGAUGAUACUUUAGGUCGGAUUAACAAUUCUAGGGUUGCGAGAGGAUUUGGAGUACAACUCAGCAAUAACGAGAAGAGGAGUCGAAAGCGGCACGAUCGGAUGGGACGCCCCUCACAAAGUGAUGCUGAGUCCACGGGGUCGUGGGAAACUGUUUCAAACACUAACUCUUAUUAUUCCGAGCCUUCUCAUGGAAGGCGGCGCCGCAGUUCAUCUCGUCACUACGACGGCACUAGUGGAUAUAACGAAGACGACUCUUCAGAUGACGAAUCUGAUACCAGAUCGUAUGCAUCUUCGGGAUUUUCAAAACCAAGCCGCUCCUCAAGCUAUGGUUCCAGAAGCUCUGUCGCUUCCGGAUCUAGUCGGUCAGACUCAGAAUACAGGCCAAGACAUAGAAAUGAUCGUUAUAGCAAUUACCAGACCGAUGAUCAGCUUCGGAAGCCUCCAAGUUAUCCACCCGAUUUUAAACAUGGUUAUGGAACUAUACCGCGAGAGGAUCUGCCUUAUCCGAACGAACCGUACCCGGGAAGAGCUCGGUCAGAUCAUCCAUAUGAUGAUAGAGCGAAUGAUCCACAUGUUUACAGAGAGGAUAAUCAAUAUGCUUAUAGAGCGGAUGAUCGGUAUAGAAGCUUGUGA